AUGACCCCACUCACAAACGCAAAAGUCCCAAAGAGCACAAAGAUGCAUUCAAAAGUCGUUAUAAUUGGGUCAGGUCCUGCAGGACACACCGCCGCUGUAUACCUUGCGCGCGCGAACAUCAACCCUGUCCUCUUUGAGGGCUUUAUGGCAAACGGUUUCGCUGCCGGUGGCCAGCUUACCACGACCACAGAUGUCGAGAACUACCCCGGUUUCCCAUCUGGCAUCCUUGGUCCAGAGCUCAUGGAUAAGUUCCGUGAGCAGUCCAUUCGCUUCGGAACGCAGAUCAUCACAGAAACCGUUUCCAAGAUCGAUCUCUCUGCACGCCCCUUCCGUUAUUGGCGGGAGGGUGAGGAACACGAUGAACCAGAAACUGCUGAUACUAUCAUUAUCGCGACUGGUGCGAGCGCGAAGAGGUUAGGACUCAAGGGCGAGGUCACAUACUGGCAAAGCGGCAUCAGCGCAUGCGCAGUUUGCGAUGGUGCCGUCCCUAUCUUCAGGAAUCAACCGCUAGCUGUUAUCGGUGGUGGUGAUUCUGCAGCAGAAGAAGCCACCUAUCUGACAAAAUACGGCUCCCACGUCUACGUCCUCGUCCGCCGUAGCGAACUCCGCGCCUCUAAAAUCAUGGCCAAGCGCCUCAUGAAUCACCCCAAGAUUACAGUCCUUUGGAACACCGUCGCAACCGAAUGCCAAGGCGACGGCGACCUCCUCAAAAACCUCCGCAUUAAAAACGUAACGACAGGCGAAGAGCGCGAUCUACCCGUGCGCGGACUCUUCUAUGCAAUCGGACAUGAACCAGCCACGUCCCUCGUGCGCUCGCAGCUGCAAACGGACCCCGAUGGGUAUAUCAUCACUGUCCCUGGAACGACGCAGACGAGCGUUAAGGGCGUGUUUGCUGCCGGUGAUGUGCAGGAUAAGAGGUAUAGACAGGCUAUCACUAGUGCAGGGAGUGGGUGCAUGGCUGCGCUUGAGGCGGAGAGGCUCAUUACUGAGGAGGAGGAGGGUGUAGAGGAUUAGAAAAUCAGUAAGAUUUAGAUGCGUAUACCGCUGCAAUGAUUUUCGCCACAGUGAAAUUAUCCACCAUCCAGGCAUGUUUGAC